UACAUUAAAGUCAAUAGGACCUUUAACAAUAAAAAAGUAAAGCCAAUCACAGAAAGUGCUCAGGAAUAGUAAUUUGAACAGUGGGUAUUUAACAUGCAGUUGUGUCUAAUUGAUGUUUUUAAAAUUUUUCAAUGGCAAAAAAGUUAUACACUUGUUAGUAGGAUCAAUUCAUUGUUGGUUUUUGGUCUUUUAAUGUGAUUUAUCGACAAUAAGAUAGAUAAAGAGUAUUCCCGGCCAAAUCCUUUUAACUCAAGCUUAAACAUAUUCCGACAAUGAUUUCUAAAUGGUAAAUAAUAUAACCAUUUGUCUGUAAUCAGCAGCCACUUGACAGUUUGUGGUAUUUAAGACUCUUAAAUUCCUGUCAGAGAUGCAUUUGUGAUGAAAAUACAAGGGGCUUAGUGAAAGCUAAUAGGACACUCAUUUUGGUUGCUGAUUCCCUAAUUUGCAUAUUAGUUCCAUGCUUUGCUUUGUUGUGUUCUGUGAAGGAACCUUCACCAUUAUUAUCGUGUUGAUGUCACCUAGUUCUACAUUCCGUACACUGUGAAUUUGAGGUGCUUUUGUAGAUUCUCCAUCACUUGGUGUCUGAAAGCUCAGCUAUCCAGUCCCUCUGAAAAGACAGUUGUUCACUUGUUCACUGCGUUCAGCAAAAUUGUUUAUUCAAACCUGUUCAAAACUCAAACAUGGAAGCCCACAUCAUUUUUCAACAAGUCCAAAAGAUGAGACCAUCCUGCUUCUCUGUAGAAGAGCAAUGUUGCUACAAAGCAGAGAAAAUGAUGCUGAGGCAGUUUAUGCUCUUGAAGCAGCGGGGGCAAGUUCCACGUUAUUUAUCUGUCAGAGACAUGAAGACCUGGCUGUUGAGAGGAAGAAGCUUCCUGGAGGAGUUUCUGGAAACAAAUGAGAGUACUGGGGAAAGGGACCUGUUCAUGGCUGAAUUGGCCUGGACCACAGCGAGGCACUUCUGUCUCGCUCAGAUGGAAGAAGAGCUCCUGGAGGAACUGAACAAAGAAAAGCAGCUUUCACAGCUGUUGAGCAGGGAGGUCACACUGGAGGGCCUUGAGAUGUUUGUCUCAGUCGUCCACCCAGCAGCAGAGGAGGAUGUAAAAACCUUCCUUCCAUCUAUGCACGCCAAACUGCUAAGAAUUUUCGGAGGCAUUCAGAUCAACAGCGGUCCACUCUCUGAAGGGGACACAAAACCAGCAGAGCUCUUGGAGCUUGAACAGAGUGCUGCGUCCCUGGUGCCAGAGGUGGUGGACAUUGCUCUCAAGUUCCUCCUGGAGGAACCAGAGCUAAAAGACAAAUGUAAACUUGCCAGUGCUGAGAUUGGCAAACUUCUGACUAACUCAGCAGCUCCUUGCCUUUCUCAGUUUGGAUCUGUGUCAAGAACUGUUGUGCUUAGCGUCUGCACUAGAGCUGCCCGAUCCAUUGUGAAAGCCAUCUUUGAGAGGUUCGACCAGCGCUCCAAGUCCUUCCACCAGAUGGACUAUGAUGAGAGUGAUUUCUCUGCCGGAUACGGUGCCAUCUUUGCUAUCCAGGAAAUGGUCAAAGAAAAGUACCUUCGGCUCUUCGCCUCAGAGGAGCAGGAAGGGGCACUUCUUGAGAAGAGAGAGGUUUCUCCACAAGUGCAUGAAAAUAUGGCCACUGCUCCAAACGAUGUGACCGAGGACACAGUCUUGGUCAAAUCGGGUACCAGUGUGGCUGUGUUCAUGGCUGAUGAGCCGGAAGAACUGCAGCAGGAAGAUGUGAAGGAAUCGCACACAGAAGAAACCCUGGUUCAGGACACUGCCAUCCAGAACAUGGACCACGGAGUGCGAACAGAUACAUCCACCCACAGUCACGCUGGCCUCUGGAGUUCAGAGAGACUGGAUGACCAACUACUGGAGAAGAAGGAAACCUCCCAAGGAGUCCCUGGGGAUGAAGAGUUGGCCAUUAUGCAAUAUCAUUUGACUGAGGUAUCAUCGUCAGUCAACUGUUUGAAGAGAAAGAAGGGAGUGCGUGCCUUCUUCCGUGGUGUGUGGAAGAUGAUGACAUGCUGCUUUAGUGUAUCCACAAUGGACUAAAGCAUUGUGCAUGCACCUUGCUCCCUUCACCCUGUUCCCCUCAUCCCCUCAUCCCUGCUCUCCCCUGCUCUCCCUGCUCCCCUCAUCCCU